GGGAAAUGAAAGUGAUUAGUCUUAGUAGAUUUCUGCUGAAGUAAAGUAUCGUCAGAAAGAGAAAAAUAAAGUCAAAGUCAAGAUAUGUGCACAUGUAAAAUGCCUAAAUUAACCUUUUUGAACUUGCAGUUGGUAAGGUUGCCAAAUCCUGUAUUGAUUUUAGAUAUGUAGUAAUUUAGAUUGUGAAACAUGAAAUGACAGGAUGCACAUUUCAAGAAGUGUUUGAGCAAACCUUAUUCUAUACAAAAAACGUUCACACUUCUCUAAGUUUGCAAUACUCUCCACCCAACAAACACAUACUCACGCACGUAUACAUGUACACACGCACAAGUGCUCGCACAUAGAUGCUUAACAGCAAAGAUAUGCAGACAAAGCAUAGUCAAAAGCCUCAAAAGUGUCAACACACCCUGCACAGAGCUUCCCAUUAGAGCCUGGCUUCUCUUUUUCUACUUCAGCCUCAGAUAAUAAUUCAUGCUACAACAUAGCACUUUUGACACGUUUUUUGUUUUUAUCUUUCUGCUGCAGCCUUUCUCGGCCAGACGCAAGCAGUGAUAAGACAUCUUCAGAGGGAGGAGAAAUGAAAGAGGGCAUAGAGGAGUGAGAGAGGAAGAGAAAUUAACAGGAUAUAGGUGUGCUCUGCAUGUGUGAGUUUGUAGAUUUUCACAUGUGCAGUUUGGUCUCGGUGGUCGGAGUUCGCAGUGACUUUUCUCAGAGGCAUGAAGUUGAAAUCGUCCAUAUUACACUGAGAGAGGAGAAAGAGGAAGCUACUGGUCUGUGUAAAACUUUCCGGCCCAACACAACAUUACCUCUAUAAAACAUCAACCUCGCAGAGAGCGAGCACAAAACAUGAAUUUCUUCUAACAACUGCUUCCAUCUAACGUAUAGUCAAGAGCUUCUAAACACGUUCGCGAGGUUUAAAAGUGGAUCUCCAACCACAAUAUCAGCUCACCCAGGUUGCCUGAAUAUUUAAAUCGCUAUAAGAAGCUUCUAAACUGAGAGACUUUUUUAGCCAGUAUUUUCAUCAUGAAGCUCAUUUUGGGUAACUUGCUUCUGUAUCUUGCUCUUGGACCCUGUUUCAAGUCCACUGAUGCGCAAGAGACAACGACAGAGACAGAGACAGACGAAAACAUCACCAUCACGUUACAAAAUAAAAACAUUGUGGAGCCAACGUUGAGUUCUGAAAUCCUAAGUGCCACAUCUGAAAAUACAGCUACUCUACAGACAGAUCUGCAUAAUACUGAAACCACAGCUAUUAAUAAAAUAAACACCAUGUCUGAGGAAACAACAGGGGGGAGUACUCCACCAUCGAUCACUGAGGUUGAACUAACAUCACUAGAAUCUGUUCCUGAAACAACACCUGGGCAAACUGAGCCGAUCACAGUGAGCACCUACCUGCUGCCUGUUAAUGUGGAGACAACAGUGAUUACUCUAGGUGCCCCAAGCACUAUUCAGCAUGAAACGACUGUUAGCUUCACUUCACCUGAGCCAACCAGUCCCACUGAAGGUCCUACAGAUGAAAUCACAGCAGCUGAUGCCAUGACCACUGAAUCAACAGAAGCCCUCCAUCCCACAUCCAUCCUAACCACACCACCUGCAGACGAGACUGAGUCUACGUCCAUCAUUUCGAUGUCGGACCCUGUGGACACCAUCACUGAGAGCUCCACUACAUCAACAUCAACUACACUGUUCCCUGAAAACACUGCUAAUUACCCAGAAUCAGAGUCAGUCUCCACCCUUUUCACCACGACACCCACCAUGAUUAUUGGGGAAAGUACUAUGCCUUUCAAAAACAACUGGCUAUUAAUAAUAAUAGUAUUUGUGGCCAUUAUAUUCUCGCUGUGUGUAGGUGCGAUUUUGUUCGCCCAGCGGCGAAAGAAAAACACAGCAAGGAAUUUCAGCCCCAUGUAUAUGAAUGGACAAAGUAAACGGUCCAAAAAGAAAAAAGGGAUGGAGGAUGAUGCGUGGGCGGGGCCUGUCAACCUGGAGGCGGGGCUUGAAUGUGACGGUGAGGUACAGGAGGGUUUUCUGCCUAAUAAUGGGAAACCAGAUGGAGACGAUAUGGUGCUCAGCACAUUCGUUGCUCUGGAUGCAGGAGAAGAGUCUAACGGUGGAGUGGGUGGGGACGGUACCAAGGAGGCUAAGAAAUGGGAGGAGCAGGAGCCUCUGCUUUAUAUAGAUGAGGAUGUGAAUGAAGGCAAGCCUGAAACAACACCGGAGGAGAGUGAGGGACAGAAAGGAAAGGAAAAAAGUGAAGAGAAGGGCAUGAACGGAGGAGAAACGUUCUGUCUCACCACAGCUGUCUAAAAGUCUUCUGUUGACUAAAUGAACAUUAAGGAAUUCAUUGGAAUGACUUGAUUACGUAAUUUAUCCUAUAAACAAGGACUAAGUAAUAGGUUUUGUAUAUGUUAUUUGACUAUAGCAGUUCAUUAUUAACAAUGGUGCAGUUUUGAAUAAUGUUCUAAAAUUGAUACUCAUUUUCCACAGUUGUUUUAUAUUUUAAAGUGGGGUCAUAUUAGCAAAAGUUCUGCCAAAUUUUCCUGGCAAAAAUAGUAAUUAUUGUCAAUAGUGUACUGAUGUGUGAAUCACAGUUUAUAAAGAAAUUCAUUUUGAAACCACACAGCAAAAUGGCCAAUUCAUAUGACCAAUUGAACCCAUUGGAAAAUGUUUGUGGGGAAAGCUUUAACCCCUUAUGUAAAUUUGCAGACUGUAUGGAUUGCUAUUGAAAAUAUGGAUUUCACCAAUGAAAAUUUGUCAAACAAUGUGACCUCACUUUUAAGAUGAGAUAAUGGCUGUAUUAAUUAAACAUCAUCAUUCAUCCAUUUCCAGUGUUUGCUAUAAUGUAUAGUCUUUAUCCUUUAUCUAAAGAUACAGUUGCUACAGAAAUUAGCUUAUUGACAGUGAAUUAAAUUAAAUUUAAUUGAUUAAUUGAUUAUGGCACAAUGUUGAUGUCAAAAAACAACAGCUAAAGAUUUUAAGACUUACAUUCUGAGAAAGAAACUUUUGUUUACUGUGAGCAUAAAAAAAUUAUGGCAUAGAAUAUUAAUGAUGGCAAAAUAUGUAAUAAAAUGUUUAUAUUUUAAAAAUA